AGUUGUCGACUAACCGUAAACGUUUGCGUAUCAGUCGUCUAGACAAUCUAUAUUUUAUCUUUCUGUGUAUAUUUUAUCGAUUUCGGUGUAAUAAUGGCACGUACUAAACAAACCGCUCGUAAAUCUACCGGUGGAAAAGCUCCCCGAAAACAGUUGGCCACUAAGGCUGCCAGGAAGAGCGCUCCCGCAACAGGAGGUGUUAAAAAACCACAUCGUUACAGGCCUGGAACUGUGGCGCUUCGUGAAAUCCGUCGUUAUCAGAAGAGUACCGAAUUGUUAAUCAGAAAAUUGCCCUUCCAACGUUUGGUUCGUGAAAUCGCCCAGGAUUUCAAAACCGAUCUUCGUUUCCAAAGUUCCGCUGUUAUGGCUUUGCAAGAGGCCAGCGAAGCUUAUUUGGUCGGGCUUUUUGAAGAUACCAACCUUUGCGCCAUCCACGCCAAGCGCGUCACCAUUAUGCCUAAGGACAUCCAAUUGGCUAGGCGUAUCAGAGGAGAACGUGCUUAAAUGACGAAUUCAUCCGACUAGUAAAUUAUCUACCUAUCGAAAAAAAAAUCGGUUCUUUUCAGAACCACAAAUU